GGGGUGGACUGUGCGCAUGCGCAACAGUUGCCAUGGCGCAGCCGAGUCCUGCGGAGGGAAGUGUUUUCUCAACUUAAAAGUCAACGUCUUUUCUCCUACUGCAGUCCAAGGACGUCACAAGUAAAUCACCGUUGUUCUCAGCUUCUUUCCAAGCAGUUUCAAGUUAGCAGCAUGUAGCUUGACGUCACGUUGGCUCCGAAAAUGAAAACGUCGCUGGAACUCGGCGUCUGCGUUGUUUUGACCGAUGUUCGGGGGCAAGAGUUGUGCAGCUAAAGAUUUCUAGAUGAACUGCCUCAGUGGGCAAAUAAGGCGCACUGCCCCAAUGCGUGCAGGUGGCAACCGAAACGAGCUCGUUCCCUCCAAGACCCCGCGAGUGAACGGCUGGACACAGCCCCCGCAAUUUUUCCAAAUAACGGCCUGGCUGGUGUACAACUACCUCGUGAUCGUCAGCUUCGGCAUCUUCAUCCCUCUCCUUCCUCCGCCUUGGAACCAUGUGUUGUAUGCUCUGUCGGGUUUGGCCUUCAUGGUGCACUUUGUCAGCCAUGUUGCCGCAGUGACCAUAGAUCCAGCUGAUGUUAGCGUCAGGGCAAAAAAGUGUUAUGCUGGUCCCAUGCCACUUUUUGACCGCACAGUGCAGCGUCACGUCAUCCAGGACCUGCACUGUUACCUCUGUGAUGUCAGAGUUGGCCCCAAAGUGAAACACUGCAGCGUUUGCAACAAAUGUGUGUCGGAUUUUGAUCACCAUUGCAAAUGGCUGAAUAACUGUGUGGGAGGCAGAAACUACAGGUGCUUCUUCAUAGCCGUGUCCUCGGCAACAGUCGGCGUGGCUUUGCUCCUGGUUGUCAUCUUGUUUGUAUUCACCCAACACUACUUAGAUCCAAACAUCCUACGGACCGCGCCACAAUUCCACGGUGUGCUGGGAAAUGAGACCUGGCUGGUGUUUUUACCGUCAGCCCCCGUAAAGACAAGUUCAGCCGCUCUCCUUAUAGUGGCCUUCAUAACGGCCAUGCUAAACCUAACGUGCCUACUAUUACUUUGUCAUCUUCUCUGUUUUCAUUUCUACCUCUUUUGUAAAGGCCUGAGCACAUAUGAAUACAUAAAGCUGCAGCGCCAAAAAGAAGCCAGAAGCCGAGAAGUCGAAGUGGGAAAUGCACAUAACGCACACGUAAACAACAAUGUCCCACAGAAUCUACGGAGCUCCAUGGACUGUGAGCCAGCCUUAACUCAUGGUGCAAGUACCUGCAGGUCUGGUGAUGAUAAAGGACCACUUAGCGGCCGACCGUCUGAACCCAUCUGCAAAGAGGUGGAUAACUUUAAGGAAACACCAGAAAAGGAAACUAGUUUUCAUUGUGAAACACAGAAUUCUGCAGCGAAAGCAAGAGAUCGAGUGCUGAGCACAAUCAGAAGCUGGAAGCCCGACGCCGGAGAAGACGUUCAGAGUGACAGCGUGAAAUCUGUGGACAGCAUUCCGCAGGUGCAAGACCCUCUCGGAAGCUCAGUGAUGGCUCGAGAUAAUACGUAGCAGUCAGCGGUCGCAGCACCAGGAUUCGGUCAUGUUCUCAGGGACCAUAGGGAUUUACUUUGCUCGGUAACAGCAAUGAAGCCAUUAUUUUUCACAUUCUUAUCAACUUUUUAUGUUGAAUGACUUCAACUAUUCAGUCGUUUGAAUGUUAUCUUCUGUCCCACUAAUCUUAGCCAAGUACUGUAGAUGCUUUUUGGCAUCGCUUUUAUUUAUUUUCCAAACAAAAAUGUGUUCCAAGUACAGACUGGUAACAUUUACCGGUAAUCAUGUAAUUGUAUCUGUGCAACAACAACCUUGUACGGUAAAAUAGAUUCAUCCUCUUGAGCAGAUUCUACUGUCAGUUAUCUUUGCUGAUGAAUUGUAAGAUGGUCCUUUCAUUUCAGAGUAAAGAAUAACACUUGUUUAAUG